UUAAAAUCAGCCAACAGUUAUUCAUUAAAAUGAACUUUCUACAAAAAGUGGCGUGUUUCGUGAAAAGACAAGAGGUUGGGGAACUUCAAAGUCUCGUACGGAAUAAUGCCCAUCACAGCAUGGUGGACUCCUCGGAGACAGUGACGUUAUCAUGGCAGAACAUUAACGUCUACGUCAAGCCGCCAAAACGAGUAAGUUCCCGAGGACCAGACCCAGCUCUAGAACGCAAGCAUGUGCUCAGAAAUGUGAACGGAUUAGCGAGACCAGGAAUACUAGUUGCUAUCUUAGGAGCAAGUGGUUCCGGUAAAACGACACUACUCAAUACACUGACGUCACGAACAGACAACGAGACUCUGGGUUCAGCAGGCGACAUCCUGGUGAAUGGCGUCGAUGUGGGUCAAGGAAUUCAGAAAAUAUCGGCAUACGUCACGCAAGAUGAUCUAUUUAUAGCGACGAUGACGGUCAAGGAACACCUAACGUUCCGGGCCUUAUUGCGCAUGGAGGCGGAAGUGCCGCGGGAGCGCCGUAUCGAGCGCGUAAACGAGGUGAUAAAGGAGCUGGGUCUUACCAAGUGUCAGGACUACAUAAUCGGAAACCCGGGCUGCAUCAAAGGCAUUUCAGGUGGAGAGAUGCGGCGUCUUUCGUUCGCUUCAGAGUUUCUGACCAAUCCGCCGCUGUUGUUCUGUGACGAACCCACUUCCGGUCUGGACUCGUUCAUGGCUGAGAACAUCGGGCAGAUCCUGCAACAGACGGCAAUGCGCGGCAAGACUGUCAUCUGCACCAUCCACCAACCCAGCUCCGAGGUGUUCGCACUCUUCGAUCACGUGAUUGUCAUGGCGGAAGGACGAGUGGCGUUCAUGGGAGAAUCCAAACAGGCUUUGCACUUCUACAAGGGGAUCGGGCUCUCGUGUCCCGUGAACUUUAACCCCGCCGACUUUUACAUCCACACUAUGGCUGUAAGGCCCGGCAAGGAGACCGAGUGUAAAGCGCAAAUCGAGCAAAUCUGCAAUAAAUUCGACGAGUCUCAAAUUUGCAAGGAGAUCCUUCAAGAUAUAAAGAGUGUGGCAGAAAAUCCGCAAGAAAAAGGAAUCAUUAUCGAGGAAGCAUUCAGCAGCACGUCGCGCUACGAGGCCUCCUUUUUUCAGCAGUUCAUGGCUGUGUUUGCACGCUCCUGGAGGACCACGUACAGAGAUCCCUUGAUAAUCCGAGUCAGGGUCAUCCACACGCUUUUUCUAGGGCUGAUGAUCGGUCUGAUCUAUCUGCAAAUCAAUAUCGACCAACAGGGAGUGAUGAACAUCAAUGGAGUUCUUUUCCUCAUUCUCAUUAACAUGACCUUCACAAAUGUCAUCGGCGUGUUUAACACCUUUCCGCUGGAGACUCCGAUCUUCAAACGCGAGUACGGAAUCGGUCUGUACAGAGUGGAUAUCUACUUCAUAUGCAAGACUCUUGCAGAGUUGCCGCCGUUCAUCUUCAUUCCGAUCAUCUUCUGCAGUAUCACUUACUGGAUGGUUGGCCUGUAUGCGUCAUUUGAGGCGUUCUGCAUGUUCACAGGCGUGAUCAUCCUGGCGACCAACAUCGCGGUCUCAUUCGGCUACAUCGUGUCGGCUGCGGUCAAUUCUUCGAGCACCGCCAUAGCUAUUGCCUCUCCGAUAAUAAACUAUCUGCUGAUGUUCGGUGGAUUUUUUCUAAACUCUGAUUCCAUACCCGUUUAUUUUAUCUGGCUCGAGUAUUUCUCCUGGUUCAAAUAUGCCAAUGAAAUCCUUGUUAUCAACCAAUGGCAGAACAUCGACUUUAUACAGUGUCCAGCCGCGGCCGGCAAUAGUUCUUUCUGUAACACGAACUGCUUGUACAAGAGCGGGGAGGGCGUGUUAAAGUACAUGCACUUUGACAAGGACAGGGUAUGGCUGGACCUAGGGCUUCUGCUCGGCAUGGUGGUGGGGUUCCGCCUGAUAGCCUUUAUCAUACUCUUUAUCAAGGCCCGAAAGUUCACGAAGUAGACUCGGUGACAUAAUGUGUGAGGUCAUUUUCGUAACUUCCAGAUGACCGUUUACCUAAUAUCGAUCCCAAAUAAAUUAAAUAACGUUAUACUUUUAUCUAGGCAAAUUUACUUAUGUUUAAAAGCAUUAGAUGUUACUUAUUGUUUCUGUUAAGGCGGAUUCUCUAAUGUUUUCAACAGAGAAGUUUUACUCGUGUGUGUUUUUUUUGGAUUUCUUGUGUGUUGAACACUUAAAAUCGAGGAAUAAGUCUAUCUUACAAUAUAACAUUUGUAAUCAUUUUGUUUAAGGACAUAACGUCCAUGAAUCGUGUGCAAAUACUUUGUUUAAGUCGAUUGCCGUCAUGUAUCGUAAGCAAUCAGUUGUUUAAGUCAAUCCUCGCCAUAUAUCGUUUGCAGUCAUUUUGUUUGAGUCUAUUCUCGCGUUCAAACACUGUAUUUAAUUCCAUUCUUGCCCUGUAUAGCGUACAAUCACUUUGUUUAAAAAUCCAUUUCCGCCAUGUUUCAUGGGCAAUAAUGUUCUUUGAGUACAUUCUCGGUCUUGUACAUUAACUUUGUCUUUACGUCCAUUUUCGCCAUAUUUUGUAUGCAAUCACUUUGUUAAGUUAAUUCAUGUACAUUUACUUAAUCUAAGUCCAUUAUCGCCAUAAAUCGUAUGUAAUCAAUUUAUCUAAUUCCAGUCUGGCCUGAAUGUGAAGAGAACUCUUAUUGAGAUUUCCUUGAUUUCUUGUGCUUUUUGUCCAUGGCUAGAACUGCAGAAGCUGAAUACCUCUUCAAAGAUCAAAUUAAAUUUAUAAUCUCUAAAAUGACAUGUGCAUGGUAUAUGGUUAAAUGAACCCAUAGGCGAUCUCGAACAUUUAUUUUAUUAUCGUGAACCUUUCGAAACAAUACAUUUGAUUAUAAUAGACCCUUUUCACAAUAGGCCCAAAUUGAUAAAAGCGCAAAGUCACGUGACUCGAAGAACUCCAGAACGAGACUGUACGUGUAACCAUUUACAGUAGUCCCACGCAACGCCGCAUCUGUUUUCAACCUUUCACUCUUUUGAACAUUCGGCGAUGUAACGAUUUAGAAAACAAAAUAUGACAUUGUCAGAUUAUGUUAUAAAUAUGUACUUCACAGUUCAAGUGUCAAUACAUUAAAAAAAUAUUGAUUUAAGUACUUGUUUUCUUCAUUUUUUGCACAUAUUAUACAUUUUUUUAGAGCUUUUUUAUCGCGCUGCUUAAUUAAAGAUCUGAAUGACCCCUGUGUUUAGCACAAACCCAUUAUCUUGAUAUGAUCAGAUACUGUGCCGACAAAUACAAAAUAAAAGCAUGGUGUUAUAAACCAUCCGUGGUAGAUGCAUGGUCAUUGAACAUCAUUUAUGAUACCCAAUGUCUAUCGUGGUAGUAGUCUAACGUAGUCAUCUCUAAGACAAAUUUAAUGCCAAAUACAACUAAAUACUGUAUAGAUAUUAGCCAGUUUAGUCAUAAUAAUACAGUGAAUGCUGGACAUUCGUCUUAGCCUAUUUUUCACACAGGCGGACAUUCGUUCCUAUGUUUUUGACAAUUGAACAUUCGUGCCUUCGUUAUUUUAACAAUGCAGAAAAUGGUUCCUACAUCAUUUUGACUGCCCGGACAUUCGUUCCUUCGUUAUUUUGACAGCCCGGAGAUUCGUUCCUGAAUAAUUGCAAUCCCGGUCAUUAUUAUCACUUUUUUAUAAAUAAUAUGACACUCUUGGUAUUUUAUCCGGUAUUUUGAUGUGUCGUUAUUAAAAUAGUUUGUUGUUUUUAUAUAUAUUUUUCUCAUAUUUUUGUGUAAAACUUUAUACUUUUGUAAGACUUUAUCGUAAUCAUGAGAAUGAUAACGGUAAAGAAUAUUCGAAUAUAUCAACUUACACUGAGAUCUGUAAUUUGCGAAACCUUGCAGAAAUCGGGGCGUGAAAACUAUGUAGAAGCGAAUAUCCGGUCUGUCAAAAUAAUGUUGGAACGAUUGUCCGGGAUGUCUAAGUAGCGUGGGAAUGCAUGUCCGGGUAGUUAAAACAACGUAUGAACGAAUGUCCGCAUUGUCAAAAUGAUCGCAGGAACGAUUGUCCUCGUGUAAGAAUGUUCGUAUACAUAAUGAAGUGCUUAAUACCUAUACAUUUAAAAUAUCUAUAAAAUGUUAUGCUAAACACGAAACUUAUUUAGCGGGUACCGCUUAAAUAAAACGUCAUUACGUAGUCUUAUAAAGAGUGUUUGUUAGUGUAUAGAAGAACAAAAUGAAAAAAAGCCUUUUCGUUGACCACAACGGGGUAAAAUAAUGUUUCCGAAAAAUUAAGACAAAAGAGAUUUAUGACAUAAUGUGACAUAUAUUUAUCACUCAUUAUCACGUUUAAAGAGAAAUCAAGGUGCGUGCAUAGACAGUUCAGUUUGCUCCACAUUCGUUUUUAUCACCGGUAUAAAAGAAUUCUUCAAUAUUGUCUUCUAGUGUAAAACAAAUAAUUCAAGUUAAAAAAAAAUGACAUAACAUUUAAAUUGUGUCAUGUGCUUUGCAUUUUAUAUUGUUU